AUGUGGGCUACCUUUUACUUUCAGAUAAAAAACAUUGAGAUUUUUGUAUUUGCUGUGACUUUCCUACUGGCCAGUGUGCCAGGUACCGGAUAUCCUCCGGGAACUGCAGGCAGGCCCGUCUCUCUUUCACCGGUGAGAGCCACAGCCUACUCUUGGCGGAAGCGGAAACCCUUUCCUCCAUCACGUUUCGCCCAUUCCAGGCCAGAAGCAGGCCCUGCUCCUUGCUGCUCGCCUGUGAGCAUAUUUCGUCGAAUCCCGGCUGGGCGGCUUGGUCGCAGUGUGCCUGAGCUAGGACCGGAGCGCAUUCAUCGCCCACAGCCACUCCAGUUCCUGCGAGUGGUUGUUCCUGCACGCCAGGAGCCGUGGGCCAGGCCAUCAGGCCAUACAAGUGCUGCUAAAGCGGCCUCGCCUUCGGCUGCAUCAUCUCGGGGAUGUUUCACUUGUCUCUUCUCCCAGUUUCAGCCCCAGCCCCUUGAACUCACCGGGUCUCCACAGCACACUCUGAUCAAUAUCGCACAGGACUCAGUGACCUUUGAGGAUGUGCCUGUGAACUUCACCCAGGAGGAGUGGGCUUUGCUGGGUCCUUCCCAGAAGAAUCUCUACAGAGAUGUGAUGUGGGAAACCUUCAGGAACCUGAUGUCUGUAGGUAAGGGUAACAUCAUUUCUUCACUUAGUCAAUUAUAGAACAAGUGUUUCUUGGUCUUCUGCAUUGCUCAAUGAUUUGGAACAUGGUAGGGAAUACAGUAGACCCUUGAACAAGG